UAGUCGUGCAGCUGCGUGGUCCACCGGAAAGUAACCGCACUUUUCCAGUUGCUGUAAUUAAUUUCACCAAUAAUUACCGCUCGACUGUUCCUCGGAAGAUCUUGCGUUAUUCAUUUCUCCUGCUGGACAAUGAAGAGCCUAAUAUUCCUCGCAGCGUGCGGUGCUUUACUGGCUGGCGUCAGCGCAUUUUCUCUUCAAGGAGGUGCGGAGGCGCGGUUGCCGGAUUGGAUGCUGGCCAACCAGACGGCGUACGUGUACACGACGACGAUGGAGGGCCUGAUGCUGGCGGCGACGAACCUGGUGGUGAACGACAUGUGCAACAGCUACGAGUGGGGCGCCUGGGGCCAGCCGCUGGCCGCGCACGUGGCCGGCAACAUGAAGGCCUUCUUCCCCAACUACCACUGGCACGUCUUCAUGCUGGACAACAAGCAGGGCGGCGGCAAGUUCGGCUACGACAUCGACCCGGCCGUCGGCGCGCAGUACAGCGCCGAGUGCAAGUACAACCGCAUCUACGUCUGGGGCAAUCUGGUCGUGCCCUUCUGAGUGGAUCCUUCCUUCUCCAUGUUUCAACUCCGUUCACUGUACACAGCAACCAUCAAGCGGAUAAAACUGCUAGAUGGUUUAAGAGAAUAAGCAGUUUCGACCGACUAAAGGUCAUUGUGGGGAAAUAAAAAUGAAUACACCGG